AUGAGAGCUGUCAACAAGAUCUUCCUGCAGAGAUCUUUUCGUCGUGCCGUACUGCUCCUGCUCCUAUUGAGCGCCCUGGUGUUUGCAGGGGUCGUCCUACGGCAGAAACUUCACCAGCCAGAACAACAACAAUAUUUUACGGAAUCUCGCCAGUAUCCCAGCGUAUUCAGGAAAUUCGUCUCGACUCUAUCCCAUCUCACCACUCCCGAACACUACAGCAACUCAGAAGUCGUAGAUGACCCUCGCUUCGAGGCCAAGAGCGCACCUGACAUCCCCAAGAUAUACCGUCCUUACCCAAAUUAUGAGAGUCUUCGCUGGAAAAGUUCCCAUCGUGGAAGAUUCAACCCGUGUGAGGGGCCGAGGGGAAAACCCAUAUCAAAAAAUCUGGAUGACCAGGUUGGCGUUUAUUUAGGCGAUCUCGGGUUCCCUAAACCCAUGUUUGGCUCUCACGAAGCUGUAGGAUUUAAUGGAGAUGUCUUCUUCGACCGCUAUACGAGAUACGGCGCGUAUGGCUAUGGAGAGAAUGACUCAUUUGUUAAAAAUUGGAAGAAACCGGCCAAGGUCCAAUGGGACAAGGUCAACUGGGGUAAAUUGCAAGAGCAAUGCUUCCUGAAAAACGCAGAUAGAUUCUCGGCGGAUCUGUCCCUGCUUGCGGAUUUGCCGCAAGAUUCCCCGAGGCGCCAGAUCGAGCCCGAGGCCCGUACAGCUGUCCUUAUUCGCACAUAUGUUGGGAAAACGUAUUCCGAUAAUGACAUGCAAACGAUCCGUUCGCUGGUUUCGGAGCUAUCGCUGCAGUCUGGGGGCGAGUAUUCGGUCAUCCUACUCCUGCACGUGAAGGACGAGGAGAUUGAGAUCGAGAAGGAUGAGGUAUACCAGCAAGUUGUGGAAGAGAAUGUGCCUAAGGAAUUCUGGGAUAUGACUGUUCUAUGGAAUAUUCCUGUUGUGUCAAAGCGCUACCCACGCCUUGUGAAGAUGAAACUUACCGACGUCCAUCGCUCCCAGUGGCUCUCCGUCCAACAUUUUGCCCUUACUCACCCACAAUACAAAUUCAUCUGGAACUGGGAACUCGACUCCCGCUUCACAGGCCACCACUAUGAAUUCACCAACAAACUUGACAUCUUCGCCCGCUCCCAACCGCGCCGGGGCCUCUGGGAACGGAACGCCCGUUUCUACAUCCCCGCCCUGCACGGUAGCUACAACCACGCCUUCCGCACCUUUGUACAACGCUUUGAAAACGAAGCUGUCUGGGGCGCUGUGCCCAUCGACCAUCCGCACCCGCGGCCCAUUGGGCCCUCACCGCCUGUAGGCUCGCCAGACAAAGACACGGAUUACAAAUGGGGCGUCGGCGAAGAUGCAGAUUACAUUGGCUUCCUCCCCAUCUUCCACCCUAUCGGCACGGAGUGGGUCAUCCGCAACGAAAUCUACGGCUACCUCGGCCAAGCAACGCCACGUCGCGCGUCUCUGAUCACGCACUCGCGCUUAUCCAGACGGUUGCUUCUCGCGAUGGAUCGGGAGAACAUGUUCGGCAGACACAUGUCCUCGGAGCUGUUACCCGUCUCUACUGCGUUGCUGCAUGGUUUCAAGGCCGUCGCGGCGCCGCAUCCCAUCUACUCUGAUAAAGAUCUUCCUGCGAAAAGUACAGAUCGCUGGUUUAAUCCGGGAAUUAAUGGGCGCUCGGGCAGCUCUCAGGAUAGUCCAUUUGGGUGGAAGAGGGAGUCGAGGUUUUUGGAUUUGUCGUGGUAUUAUCGGGCGAAUUUGGCGGGGAGGUUGUAUUGGAAUUUUUUGGGGUGGCAGAAGGAUUGGACGGGCGGUCGAGUUUACGAAUUCAUACACGGACGUGUCAUCCUGCCGUCAAUACUUUUCCAUCCCAUCAAAGAUGUUCGCCCGGAUGCUAACACUUUGAGACAAAAGCUUGGAGAUGGUGUUUGA